AUGAUUCACGCCCAAGGCCAGCACGCCGUCAGCACUGCUCCCGCGGCCAACGGCUACCCCGCGAAACCCCACCUUUCCGAGUCGCCUCCCCGCUCCUUUCACGAUAUCUGCGUCGAGCUCCGAGAUAAGGUCGACGCUUUCCUGGCCGAGGACCCAAAGACAGAUGUUCUGCGCAAUGUACAGGAGCAGCUACGCGUAUCAAUGGGCGUGGUAGACGAGGCGUUAGCGACCUACAGGUGUGUAACCCCUACCACGUGUGCCUCGGCACAGUCCGGGCAAGUUGCUGAUGCGCCGACGUGUGAUAGUUUGGAACAGAUCUCGCUCUCCUAUAACGGAGGCAAGGACUGUCUCGUCCUCCUUAUCAUGCUACUUGCCUGUCUUGCGCGUCGAUUUCCCUCUUCUAAAACCAACGGUUCAAAUGGCUCGAAUGGCGCUGCGGAUGCCAAGUCCUUCCCCGACGAAUUCCAAGCCGUCUACAUCGUUUCGAAGCACCCGUUCGCCGAGGUAGACGAUUUUGUCGCCACGACUAGCUCAAUAUACCAUUUGAAUGUGAAGCGUUAUGCAAUGUCCAUGAAGCAAGGACUGGAGGCUUAUCUGGCAGACCGACCUAGCGUCAAGGCGAUAUUUGUUGGAACGAGGAGGACAGACCCGCACGGCGAGAAGCUGACGCAUUUCGACCCUACGGACUCGGGUUGGCCCGACUUCAUGCGGGUGCAUCCGGUGAUUGACUGGCACUAUGCCGAAAUCUGGGCAAACGGCCGCUAA